AAACCAAAAUCAGAAAUUCUUUUGAGCAAGUGUGUCAUGAAAUUGCCAUUCGUUUCUGCUCUAUAUACCUGGGCAGAUAAAACAUAUUUUCCAAAAAUAUCUACCGAAGUGAGUGUUCAUACAUAUAAACGCACAAAUUGGUUUGUUCUCCAGCAAAUUUUUCAAGCUAAAUAUGUCACUGUGGUCGCAGCUGAAGCCACUGGAGUGGUGCAAGUCGGUCUACAGGGACUAUCAGUCGUGGUCAUUCGUCAAGUGUUCCCUGGCCUUUUGCGCCGGAGUGCUCCUGGUGCGAAGUCUCGACGGCAAAUUGCCAGACAGCAGUUUGGUUCCAGAUAUUCAGGCCUAAAACUCGUCGAAAAUAGGAUCACAAUGCUGGUCAUCCCUCCAAAUUGAUGCCGAAAAAUGAAAUCA